AUAUGUCACCUGUGUGACUCGACGAAUGCGUGAAGACGCGUUUCAGAAUUUGUCUCCAAUCCAACAUGUCGUUUGUUCAAUCGUAAGGUUUCGGGCUCUCGAGCGGGACAAAUUCGGGUAAAGUGUGAUUCUUGGAAAAAAGUGUGCAUAAUUAUACGUAUGAAUGCCGAAUCGAUCGUUAUCUAAUUGCGCGUGGUGUUGAAUUGUGAAAGAUAAUUAACUGUGAGAUCGCGAGAGAGAAGCAAGAAGAGCCAGGCAACAUGAUGCAAUUUAUGUUACUGUUCAGCCGUCAAGGGAAGCUCCGCUUACAAAAGUGGUACGUCGCCCAUCCGGAUAAACUGAAAAAAAAGAUUACGCGGGAGCUAAUAACUACUAUAUUAGCGCGAAAGCCAAAAAUGUCAAGUUUCUUGGAAUGGAAGGACGUUAAAGUCGUUUACAAGAGAUAUGCAAGUUUGUACUUUUGUUGUGCAAUUGAACAAAAUGACAAUGAAUUACUAACUUUGGAAAUUAUACAUCGAUAUGUUGAAUUGUUGGAUAAGUAUUUUGGCAGUGUAUGCGAGUUGGACAUAAUUUUCAAUUUCGAAAAGGCAUACUUUAUCUUAGACGAAUUACUUGUCGGUGGAGAGAUUCAAGAAACUAGCAAAAAGAAUGUAUUGAAGGCCAUUGCUGCCCAGGAUCUGCUACAGGAGGACGAAGCUGUGGAAGGUGCUCUGCGGGAGAUAGGGCUUUUAUAGGUACCCUAUUGUUUGCAUGAGCUUCACGGACAAAGUAUCGACCCACACGAUCGACCGAAAAACCAGAAAAGGCUUAUCCGCUGCAUGAUGCCAUUACGACUCUACUAUAUAAAUACAUGCAAUUUCAAGUCAACUUUAUACUAGUCAUAUGCAGGACGUUUAAGGCAUCGUGCAUUUUCUUUCGGCUAUAAGUUCUUUAACAAUAAGUCCAUCUUUCUGCGUGAUAAAAAUUUGAUUUGAAGAUUGAUAAAGAGAAAUUGAAAACAAAUUUCUUAUUUGAAAGCCACGAUUGUCAAUAUAAAAUAUCGUGGUACUUGAAACUUUGUUUCUGAUAAAAACAUAUAUAUAUUUAAAGAAAAUAAAAUAUAAGGUAUUCAUCUAUUUAGAAACUUGAGAAUUUAUUAAAAAAGGUACAUUUAAAAAUGCGAGAAAUCUAUUUAUGAUUCAAAAAUUUAUUACUGGAAACAAAUAUACUUCUCUUAUAUAAUAAGUUAAUUUAUUAGCUUACAAUCGAGAGAAAAUGUGCACGAUACUUGGAGCAUUCUCUGUAUAUGUUAAUAUAUUUUUAUAUCGAAAAAGUCGUCUCUUAUGUAUGAAAGAAAAUAUUAUGUUACUAAUCAAAGGCUGAACUACAGUUCUUGAUCGUAACUUUUAACGUACAUCUUGACAAGUAAGCGACGACAGUUACCCCAACGUACUUUAAUCCUCAACUGUGGCAAUAAAAUUAUUCUGUAUUUGUAAGUUAUUUUUAUGAAAGCAUUGUACACAUGUGCUAUACUGAAGAGUGCGUCGGUAUUUAGCCGAUUAUUACAUAUAGAAUAUAUAUAUAUAUUUCUUACGUAUCUCUCUAUCUAUCUACUUAAACAAAAACACUAUUUUAAUUAUUACAAGUAAUUCGAAACUUAUCUUUAUACACUUUAUUAUAUAUAUGUAUAUACGCCCAUAUUAUAUAUUAAGCAUCGUCAAUUUUUAAUCUAUUAAUGUAUAAUCUAUUAAUUAUACAUUAAGUGUAAGUCUAGUAAUAAAUAUAUCGAAUGAAA